ACAGAAUUUGACUAUAGUGAUUCAACACCUUGCCCUGGAACUGAGGAAAAGCACUUUGCAGCAAAACUUUUGCCACCACUUUAUCCUUUGGUGGUGAUAUUUGGCCUGACAGUCAACAUGCUUGUUGUCCUUAUCCUGGUAAAAUACAAGAGGUUGAAGAGUAUGACUGAUAUCUACCUGCUCAACUUGGCCAUUUCUGAUUUGCUCUUUGUGUUUUCUCUCCCUUUUUGGGCUUAUUACGCCGCUCACGACUGGAUUUUUGGGGAGGCACUGUGUCGAAUUCUCUCAGGUGUUUACCUCCUUGGCUUCUACAGUGGCAUCUUUUUCAUAAUCCUGUUGACCCUAGACAGGUACUUGGCCAUAGUGCACGCAGUGUUUGCUCUGAAAGCCAGGACAGUUACCUAUGGCAUCCUCACCAGUGCUGUCACUUGGGCUGUUGCUGUUUUCGCUUCUGUUCCUGGGGUAGUAUUUCACAAAACUCAGAAGGAAAAUUCAGGCUAUACUUGCAGUGCUCAUUAUCCACCAGAGCAGAGAAUCGUAUGGAAGCAAUUCCUGACCUUAAAAAUGAACAUCCUGGGACUUUUUAUUCCAAUGUUGAUUAUGAUCUGCAGCUACACACAAAUUAUAAAGACAUUACUGCAAUGUAGGAAUGAGAAGAAACAUAAAGCAGUCAGGCUUAUUUUUAUUAUCAUGAUUAUCUACUUUUUUUUCUGGGCACCUUACAACAUUUGCAUUCUCUUGCGUGAUUUUCAAGGUGCAUUUUCCAUCUCUACUUGUGAAGGCAAUGGUCAACUGCACAUAGCAAUCCAGGUGACAGAAACGAUCUCAAUGAUCCACUGUUGUAUCAACCCUAUAAUUUAUGCCUUUGCUGGAGAAAAAUUUAGGAAGUAUCUUCACAGCUUUUUCCGAAAGCAGAUUGCAUUCCAUUUCUGUAAACACUGUCCCUUUCUCUAUGUUGAAACACCUGAACGAGCUAGCUCCACCUACACACAAUCUACUGGAGAACAAGAAGUUUCUGCUGCAUUCUAAGUUGUGUCUAGUGAAAAAGUGGAAUUGACUUUACUGAAUUCAAGUCUCUGGAGAAAGCAUUCAGAAUCUGUCCUGGAUUUUGGAUUUAUAGCAGCUG